AUGUCGAACAAAGAUAUCUCGGCCACUACUUUGGCCAUUGUCGAUGCUCAUCAUCAUUUGUGGGACUUAAGCAAUCCAAAUCAUCAUUAUAUACUUUUUCGCCCAGACACACCCAAUGAUUUUAUAGCAGGUGAUCGCACACCACUCAAAUCAACCUAUUCUAUUCAAGAUUAUAUCAAGGAUACCGGCUCAUAUAAUGUCGUCAAAUCAGUGCAUGUAGAAGCAGCCUAUGAUAUACAUGCAGAUCCAUGGGGUGAUAUUGAAUGGCUGUAUGAACAAGCCAAGACAAAUAAAAAUCAAUUACCCAAUGUGCUAGUAGCACAUGCUAAUUUGGCAGAUGACCAAGUACGUGAAAGGCUUACGACGUUAACGAAUCGAUUUAAUAAAGUUCGAGGUAUUCGGCACAUGCUCAAUUGGUUAGAUAGUAAGGACAGUAAAUACACAUUAUGUGAUCGACCCGAUUAUUUGACUGACAAUAAAUGGAAACAAGGUUUUGGUUUAUUGCAUCAGUAUGGAUUGUCGUUCGAUUUAACAUGCUAUCAUCAUCAGAUGAAUGAUGCUGCUCAAUUGGCACGAGAAAACUUGGACACAACUAUCAUUCUUGAUCAUUGUGGUAAGUCAUGA